CUUACGCCACUUCCUCUCUAGCCCUUGCUCAGUCGAUAAGGAAACUCGAACGCCACUUCCGCUUUCUUUUUUUUCCAGGCAGUGGGAAAGAUGGCGGACAUUCAGACUGAGCGAGCUUACCAAAAGCAGCCAACUAUCUUUCAAAACAAGAAGAGGGUCCUGCUGGGAGAAACUGGCAAGGAGAAACUCCCACGAUACUACAAGAACAUCGGCCUGGGCUUCAAGACUCCCAAAGAGGCUAUCGAGGGCACCUACAUUGAUAAGAAAUGCCCCUUCACUGGUAAUGUCUCUAUUAGAGGACGGAUCCUGUCUGGCGUGGUGACAAAGAUGAAGAUGCAGAGGACCAUUGUCAUCCGCCGGGACUAUCUCCACUACAUCCGCAAGUACAAUCGCUUUGAGAAGCGCCACAAGAACAUGUCCGUGCACUUAUCCCCCUGCUUCAGGGACGUCCAGAUCGGCGACAUUGUCACAGUGGGUGAAUGCCGGCCUCUGAGCAAGACGGUUCGCUUCAACGUGCUCAAGGUCACCAAGGCAGCAGGCACCAAGAAGCAAUUCCAGAAGUUCUGAGACUAGACACCUGCCCACUCCCCAAAAUGAAAUAAAAGUUAUUUUCCCACUCAUA